GGGAAGUGAAACCCUUUACUCCCCAGCAGUUUCAAACAGACUGUGCCUAUCCACUAUCCAGUACAGAUGCAUGUGCCAUUGUAACCCCUCCGGUACCUUUGUGUGAUGUUUGCAAUCAGGCUGAAUUGCUCACAGCUCUCUUGCUCUAAUAUUUAUAUUUUGUUAUGAAGUCAAGUUUCUGUAUUGCUCAGUCUAACUGGCUGCCAUCUUGCUUGGAGGCCUUUUUAUUUCAUCUUGUGGCUCUUGGGUUUGUGAUAGAAAGGACAGAGCCUGUCUAACAUGUAAAUCACACCACAGCUCGUCAAUGACUAUGCUCGGACAUCUAAUAAUAUUUGGAAUGUGUUUUUAUAACAAUCUGCAAUGAUGUUGCAUGGUUCCUUUCACCACAUGUUUACAUAUCAAUCCUAGAAGGUGUCACAAGAUAUGAGUCACAAGCUUUCAUAGAAACAAACAAACAAACAACCACACCUAUAAAAACAUUUUAGGAGCUAAAGACAAAAGCCCAUAAUAUUUAGUGGGAAAUGAUUUUAUGAACAGAUUUGUAAAUACAAAGGACAAUGCAGGGCGGUAGCCAGUCAUGAUAAAUCACAACACUGUUUUCCUUAUACUGUCCCUUCCUUUAUUCUCAGAUUUUGAAGAGCACAGAGGCUAUAGAUAUCGGCAGGACUUGGGAAUUUAUUUACAAAAGGGAUGAAAUGCAUUUUAUUUUGCAGCAAAGCAGCAUGUAAAAGGGCCUAAAUAAAUAAUUAUUAGUAUGAUUUAGACCAAAGCCCAUGCCUCAUAGCUGGCCUUGGCCUUGCAAUGGAAUACAUAGAAAUGAGCACAGUAUAUUGAGACAGUGUGGAUCAUUAUACCUGGGCUUAGUGAGACUAUCUCCACAUGGAUUUUUUAGGGUGAUAGGAGACACCACAUGAACAAGCCUAGGGGCAGCUGGAAAGGCGGUGAAGGGGGGUGGAGGGAUGUGGAUGCUAGCACAAGCACUGCUGGCUGACUAGAACAAUGGGCAGUGACAUGGCUCUGGGGCUGUCCCUGUGCAUCCUGUGUGUGAAUCAAUGCUGUGCUGGUCUCUCUGUCUGUCUCUCUCUCUCUCUCUCUCUCUCUCUCUCUCUCUCUCUCUCUCUCUCUCUCUCUCUCUCUCUCUCUCUCUCUCUCUCUCUCUCUCUCUCUCUCUCUCUCUCUCUCUCUCCACAGACCCCACUACUGGUAAAGCUCCUCCAUACAGGAUUCAAAGGCACACUAGCAAUGGAGAUGGACGGCAUUUAUACUGGGCUGCAGAAUCCCUCGGAGGAUGUCUACUCCACAGUAAACCAACCCCAAGGCAGGAGAUCUGGAGCAGAACAGGAUGACCCCACUGCUGGUAAAGCUCCUCCAUACAGACAGGCUGCAUUGGUCAUGGCAGGGCUGUGCGCUCUCUCAGUGGCUGCCAUUAUAUUCCUCUCAGUCUACAUUUCUAACUUCCAGACCAAGAACCUCGAACUCCAAUCCCAGUAUUCAGAACUGAAAAGGAACUACACAAACAUCUCUGCCACAGUUUUACACAUGCAGACUAAGUAUUCAGAACUGGAAAGGAACUACACCAACAUCUCUGCCACAGUGUUCACACUGGAGAAGAACUACAGCAACAUCUUAGAGAAAUACUCAGCACUGGACCAGUACUGUCCCGUCACAGACACCUCUUCCAAGGAGCGAGUCUGUAAAGCCUGUCCACAGAACUGGGAGCUGUUCAAUGGCAAGUGUUACUACUUCUCCACUGACAGAAUGAACUGGAUCUCCAGCCGUGAUAACUGCACAUCACUGGGGGGGCACCUGGUGAUUAUAGAGAGCAAUGGAGAGCAGAGAUUCCUAUCGGAUAAGGCCUGGAACAUUACUCAAAAGGCUAAUAUAAGCAAAGAACAAGACAAAUCCCACUGGAUCAGCCUGACUGACGCUGUUACUGAAGGAACCUGGCUCUGGGUGGACGGCACUCCUCUCAAUGACAAGGCAAAAUUCUGGGCCACAAGGACAAAUGAUCAAGGUAAAGAGCCUGAUAACUAUUGGAGAGAGGACCCGUCUGGUGAAGACUGUGCACAACUACGACCACAGAGGAAUUCCUAUGAGACCUGGUUCGAUUCCUCAUGCAAAAAGCAAUAUAAAAGGAUUUGUGAAACUAAGGCAGUGAUAGGCUAAUAAGAGGAUAAUCAGGAGAAAAGGAAGCUAAGGUUACUGAAGCACAAAGAGAGACUAAAAGAAUAGAAGAAACUCAGUUCAGAUAGACAAGCAUGCAGGUCAUCCCCCAACAUUACCAUAUUAACCGUUUGAUUCCCACAUUAUGAAAAAGCAGAGAUAACAAUGAGCUGGUGGUGGUUUGUACUGAAUGAAGUCUGGCCUUCAGAACAGAAUUGCAUUGUUUGUUGUUCAGAAACAAAGCUGAAACAUGAGAUAUAUAAAACUGAUCUCAAGUAGUUUAGCAAUGUAAACAGAAAGGCCAGCGUUUAUUUAAAACCACUACACACACACACACACACACACACACACACAGACACACAAACACACCCCCAGGGGACUCUAAUCUUUUGUAAAAUAAAAAAUAUUGGAUUUACCCAAAUGUAAUGUGAAAGUUCUCUAGGAGGGUAGGAACAGUUAUCAUGUUCACCAUGCAGAGUGGGACAGACAGAAAGACCCGAUCAGUGAAGAAAGCGCCACAUCUUGAAUGAGGACCCCAGCAACAAGAUUGGGAAUCAAAGGCUUAAUCGUAAUGAUGGGGAGAUUCAACCUGAUUCCUCACAGGGAGGGGCCAGCCCUACCUGAGUGAUAGAAGGUUUGUGUUUCUUUUGAGUUUUGCUCCCUCUAGUGGCUCACAGAGAGAUGACUAAUAGUCACACAGGAUCCAGACAUUAUUCCUGCUGUCCAGCUGAUCCUGUCUAAACUGUAUCUGAGGGCUCUGCUCUGAGCUAAAAUGGAGCAACCCACUUGAACAACUACUUCAGCAGAUUAGUAUUAUCAUUUUAUAUCCCUGCACUGCACAGCUACCCAUUAUAAAAGUUCACCCUGGUAAAUGUAUAGUCUUUUUGCAGUUUCCUGUGCUUUAGCAGGCUUGUGCUGGUUAGCCAUUGUUUUUACAACACUUUACAAUACAUAUCUGUGCUUCACCUGCUCGCCUUUGCUUUACCAUGAUUGUGUUGUGCUUUAAACAUGCUUUUAAUAUAUUUUGCUGUGCUUUUGCCCUGGUAUACCACAAAGUAUUACAAGGGAGACAAUGAUCAUUUUGAUAGACCUUGAAUAUUGUGGCUCACUCCAUUCUGACUACAGCUCCCAUCAUCCCUCACUGGUACUGCUGAGGAAGAGGAUGAUGGGAGAUGUAGGCACUGUAUUGAAUAUGCAGCCUUCUGUCUUUCCCCAUAUUUUUAAGGUUGUUACACCAAAGAUUUAAGCAAAUGAGGAGAGCUCCUGUUCCUCUUCCCUUUGUGUUUUUCUUCCCUGAGCUGAAACAGAGCUCCCUGUAUAUACAGCGUUCCUAUCAUACCCACCUGCUGCUGCAGGGAGCAGCAGGUGAAUGGCUGGCUGUCUGUCUAGUUCACAGAAACCAGAAAGCUUGCAUUGUUACUGAUAAAGCAGAGUGCACACACAAAAGGCCAAACUCUGGAAGAAUGUGAUAAAUAUUCAGCCAGAUUGUAGUGUCAAAUUGAACAAGAUCAUGAGAUGCAGGUUUCAGUGUAAUGUCUUAGUAGUACAAUAUUCUUCAGCAGUUUGCAAACUAUUGCUUUGUAUAUUAUUUGAGUUAAUUAUUAUUAGUUUUUUUUAAUUCUAUUUGUAUUUGUAUUUAACUCUGUAGACCCCUCUGCACUGUAUUUGGUAGUGAUUCUGGGGGGACUAUUCAAGUUUGUAUAUUAUUUGAGUUUAUUAAACAUUUUUUAU